GUGUGUGUGUGUGUGUGUGUGUGUGUGUGUGUGUGUGUGUGUGUGUGUGUGUGUGUGUGUGUGUGUGCUCACUGUCGACACGUGAGUCACUCUCUCAGUUGCUGAUUGAUGGAUGAAGAAUGGCACAACUGGCCAUGCUCCCUCUCCUCCCUACCAAUGCUUAUCCCAUCAUAUUCAUUACUCUUCCUGCACCCACCACAAGUAAUCAGUGUUCUGCAGCGGCCAAAGCGUGCCUUAUUCAAAACUUUUAUUUCAUUUUAGCAAGCAGUAGAGGUGAGUUGUGUCUGGCAAGCAUUCUGUUAUGAUAUGACAUUUUGAUUGGAAACUUGAUUUUAUUUAAGUUAUUUUGUAUGUUUUUCAAUUGAAUAUAUUCCUAAUAUUCAGAUUUGAAUCCAUGGCUAAACGGUGCAAAUGCUCAGAAUGCUACCUCAACCUUGGCUUCACCACUCUGCUUGUCAGUGACGACAUCGAGAAACCACAGUGUGUUUUGUGCCAUGCUGUCCUGAGUGGAGAGUCAAUGAAACCAUCAAAACUCAAGUGUCAUCUCGAGACGAAACAUCCAGAAUACGCAAAGAAGGAUUUGGAUUUCUUCAAAUGGCAUGAACAGUGUCUUAAAAGCCAAAGACUCGACAGAAGUGGGUCAUUUCAGCAGCAAAGUGCUGGGCGAGUCUCAUUUGAAAUUGCACUCAAAAUUGCUAACCAAAAAAAGCCUCACACGAUUGGAGAAACACUUCUUAAACCCUGCAUGAUGAAAGCAGAUCUUAUUCUUGGAGAAGCCAGUGCAAAGAAGAUGCAGCAAGUAGCCCUGUCAAAUAAUACUAUACAGAGGCGCAUCUCUAAAAUGUCAAUAGAUGUGAAGGAACAGGUUUUGACUGAAAUCAAGAGUUCCCCUUUGUUCUCCUUUCAGCUCGACGAGUCAACAGAUGUAAGUUCAUGUUCUCAGUUGCUUGUCUUUGUGAGAUACAUUAAUUCAGGUGACAUUAAAGACAAAUUUUUAUUCUGCAGUGCACUUGAAACCACAACAAAAGCUGAUGAUGUUAUGGAAAAAGUUUCAACUUUUUUCAAAGAAGAUCUUCAAUGGAAAAAUGUAUGUGGGGUUUGUACUGAUGGGGCACCGGCUAUGCUGGGAUCGAAAUCAGGAUUCCACUUGAGAGUUAAGAAGCUAGCACUUCAAGCAAAGGACAUCCACUGCAUGACUCACUGAUAUGCUCUCGCCAGUAGGACUCUUCC